GUCACUGUGUUGGUUUAAGAAAUACCUGUAACCUAAAAUGUCCUACUGCAGGCGAAGGCCUAGUGUUAUUUCUAUGGUCUGUUGUGUUCCAGCAGAUCGGUGGAAAGCGCCUGCCUGUAGAAUAGAUGAGUGCAGAGUGCGAGUGUUUGUAGGACACCAGUGUACAGUACAUUCUUGCGGCGUGUUAGCAACAGGAUACACACGAUGGAGUCAGGUGCCUUCCGCUUUCAUUUUGCACCGAUUACCCCCCCACUUUAGAUUUGUAGCCACACCUGUAGCCGCCUCCUUUGGAAUCGGGGACAAAAUCCGACAGAAAGCGCCAGACAAUGUUAUCCUGGAGAAGUAUUUCUGCUCCUGCUCCAGAAAUCCAACACAAUUAGAUAUUGAUGGGCUGUCCAAAAAAUGCAUCUGGACAAGGAGGCAGGUGGAGAGGUGGUUUCGAAAACGACGAAACCAAGACCGACCCGGACUGCUGAAAAAGUUCAGAGAGGCCAGCUGGAGAUUUGUCUUCUAUCUUUUGGCUUUCAUUGGAGGUCUGAUAGCCCUUUACGAUAAACCUUGGUUUUACAGCACCCGGGAAGUCUGGGUCGGUUUUCCAAAACAGACCAUGCUGGAAUCUCAGUACUGGUAUUACAUCUUGGAGAUGAGCUUUUACGUCUCGCUGCUGUUCAGCAUCACGUUCGAUGUGAAGCGAAAGGACUUUAAAGAGCAAAUUAUUCAUCAUUUGGCAACACUCACUCUUCUGGCCUUUUCCUGGUGCGUGAACUAUAUUCGUAUAGGAUCCCUGGUUAUGAUCACUCAUGACGCCUCAGAUGUUUUACUAGAGUCUGCAAAGUUGUUCAACUACGCCAAAUGGGAGACAACGUGCAAUUCCAUAUUUGUGGUAUUUGCCAUCGUGUUCAUGGUGACGCGCCUCAUCAUCUUCCCGUUUUGGCUCAUCCACUGUACAUGGGUGUACCCAGUCGAGAUGUACCCGGCUUUCUUCGGGUAUUACUUCUUCAAUGCGAUGCUGGUGGUCCUUCUGCUCCUACACAUAUUCUGGGCGUACUUGAUCCUCCGCAUGGUGAGGAAGUUCCUCUUCGGCAAUCUGACGGGUGAUGAGAGGAGCGAUGAGGAGGAGGAGGAUGAGGAAGGAGCAAGCAAUGCGACCGAGGAGGAGGAAGAGGCACGGCAGAAAGUGAGCAACGGUGCGGGAACACGAGCCCUGAAUGGCACUCGCUCGCUCCAAGCCACGGCGCCCGCCUACUGAGGACUGGUUGUGCAAGCGAGACGAGGUGAUUCACAGGAGAGUGCGCUGAACAGUGCCUUUUACCAAGUGGAAGUAUUGACAAUGAAAAAGCAGGCUUCUGUAAAGAAAUGCAGGCAGGACCCUGCUCAGGAACUGCUUUCCUCAUUAGAGCAUCCAUGUUCAGUAAAGCGAAAGCAUGCGUUCAUGCAGUGCCCAACGUCAUACCAGUGUCACAUAGCUCAUGUCAGCCUUAAUGAUGAUGACAUAGAGUUAAGUGGAAGAACACUAACCUGGAGGUACCUGCUAACAUCCCAUCAUUUUUCAGUUUUAAAAAAAAAAAUGAUCUCAUCUCUUGGGUCAUACCACCUCAAUUCAUGUAUCAAGGUUUGUCGUGUUAUCUGCUGCCUUGCUUGACUCGUGCUGGCAAGAGGAGGAUAUGUUCUCGGGCAAGGUUAAUAUAAUUUUGAAACUGGUUUCUCCAGCUGCUUUGGGGAAAAAACCCAUGAAACCUCUGAAAGAGCGGUAAGAGCAGCCCCCCUGGAGUAAUCCUCGCUCAGGUUACAAGUCAUCACAUGGCGUGUGCUUAGCGCUCGCUCCGGGAUGUGUCGAGAGCAUGUUCUGUUAUGUGUAUUACCGGUUUUAUGGAAUGAGUCUCUGCAGCUUACGCUUUAAGCAUGACCUUGCGAUACGUGGCCAUGCGUUGAUGGAGAUCUGGGGGAGAUCGCUGCAGCUCCCCCUCCCUUCGUUCACAAACACUUUCAGCGACGGCCUCAACGCUGCGGGCUGCAUCCCGCUUUUAAACAAGUCAGAUUGACUUUUUGAAAGGACCGUAUGAUUUGGGCACUCAUGCUUGACUGUGAACUAUAGCAAACUGUGUAUCUACAAAACCCUACAAGACAAAAACAGUAUGACUGCAUUUACAUCAGUAUUGUAAACCAAUUGCAUAUGCAGAAUUCUUUAUUGUAGAAUAUAUGCGAAGCGUAUUUGUAAUACGAACCUUUUUGAAGUGUAAUGAACUCAUUAGAAUGAAUGAGUUUAAUGAAGUUCGUGUCAAAAGAACCACAGGAACUGCAGUGUAUGUUUUAAUUAAUUAGGAGAACAUUGUAUUUUACUAGUACUUUGUUAGUGUUUUACCUCUAUCUGGGAAAUGUGUCAGUACUGGCUUCAGUCCAGAUGCUAUAAUGAAACCAUUUACAGUUUUCUUCUGUACAGCAGGAUUGUGUGUUCACUUUCAGAAAAAUAAACAGCGCAGAAUAUGGCAGAAAACAGACCGUACCCAGUUCCCCUGUCAGUGUGUGAGCUGUUCUGUUUCUAAUUUCUCCCCAAGAACAUGGUUCUCUUCCCUGCCUUUUAGAACUGCCCUGAAGACAUCUUCGAUCCUUAAAGAAUGUAUCAGGUUAAUAGUUGACAGAACCAAAAAUGUCAUGUAUGGGUUCAGCUGUUGAGUUUCAUUUCAUCGCACUGUAUAAUUCAAGAAUAAAACAGAAGUAUGUCAGACUG